AAAAUUUUCCUUUUUACUACGAUUUUAAAUUUUCAAUACGAAAAAAAAAAUUGAUGAGAAGAUAAAAAAAAUGGCAUCAAUCGAUUGGAAUGACGAAACUAUUGUUAUUAAAGAUAAUAAAGGCCAAAAAAUUCAUUUAUUCAAUGAUGAUCAAUAUCGUUCGGCCAUGUUGGAAAAUCUAAACAUGUUACGUAAGAAUCGACAAUUCUGUGAUGUCAUUCUACAGAUUGGAACCAAUCAUCAAGACAUACAUGAAAUAUAUGCCCAUAAAGUUGUCUUGUCCAGUUCGAGUACUUAUCUUUUUGAAAUGUUUAUGAAUCAUGAAUAUCAGCCAAACAUCACUAACAAUGGCAACAUGAAUGGUUCAUUACAAUCGAUCAAUACUUUAAAUGUACCGCAACAAUUUCGUUUGGUUUCCGCUACAAAUUUUGAAUCCGAUCCCGAAGCAUUCGGUUUGAUCAUCGAUUAUGCUUAUACGGCUACAUUGAAAAUUCCUGAAUCAAAAGUACGAGAAAUUUAUUCCAUUGCUUCACGAUUGAAAAUGACCAAUGUGGCAAAUAAAUGUGGUCAAAUUAUUCUUUCAAUGUUAUCGGCUAAAAAUUGUUUGGAAAUUCGUAAUAUGAAAGCUGUUUUGAACGAUGUUAGCCUUUUGCAAUCAAUCGAUGUUUUCAUACGACAACAUUUUGAACAAAUAGUCGAAUCAUCAAGUUUUAUCGAUUCACAAUUAACACAGAUAAAAAUUGAAUUUUUAUUAAAUUCAGAACAAGAAGAACAUUCCAUCAAUGAUCGUCAUAUGCUUAAUGAAGUUUUAGAAUGGAUUCGUAGUUCAUUGGAACAUGAUGUAUUCGAUUUGGAUCGAUUCAAAGAUGGAAAUACAAUGUUAAUGUUACAUUAUGAUAAAACAAGAAAUGAAAUUCAGGAUUGUUGUCAAAUUGAAUCCAAUUCACCGGAAGAAUCAGAAAUGAUUGAAGAUUAUAAAAAAUUGAACAAACGAAUUGCUUUAAUUCGAAAAUCAUUGUCACAGGACAAUAUACCGAAUGGUUUGGUUAAAUCGUCUGUUCCAUCAUCAAAACCAAGGCAAUUCCUUUUUACAAGAUCAGAUUCCGAAUCAUCACUCUGUUCAUCGGCAACAGAUGGCAUUGGUGGGACCGGUGACGACGAUGUUCAAGAUCAUCAACACGAUUGGAAAGUAUUGGCCAAUUGUCGAUUAGGUUCAGGUAAUCAUACACUAGUUGGCUUGGUAUCGAUCACUGCUGGUCAACUUUGUCUAUUGUCCAUCACAUUACGAAUCAAAGAAUCGACAUCCAAACAGAAUAGCCUAAGUGAAAGUGGUCAAUGUGAUCAGGAUGAUAUUACACAACAAUAUUGUCUAAUACCACCUAUGAGUUCGGCAAGAUGUGCUGUUGGUACGGCCAAUUUCAAGGGAAAACUUUUUGUUUGUGGUGGAUAUGAUCGUGGUGAAUGUUUGAAAACUGUUGAACUUUACGAUACGGUUGAGAAUCGAUGGCAACUAUUGCAACCAAUGCAAGUACCACGUGGCCGAUUUUCAGUUGCGGUUGUUGAUAAUUGUGUUUAUGCUAUUGGUGGUUGUGAUGGACAUGAUGAAUUGAAUUCGGCUGAAGUUUAUGAUAAAUCACAAGGAGAAUGGAAAUCAAUACAGAGUGCACCGGUUGCACGGUCAAAUGCCGGUGUUUGUUCAAUGAAUGGAAAGAUCUAUGUGAUUGGUGGUUGGAAUGGCAAUCGUGGAAUGACUAGAUGUGAUAAAUAUGAUCCACGAAAUAAUCAAUGGACAGAUAUGGCACCGCUUAAUAUUGGUCGAUAUCAAACCGGGUGCUGUUCAUUGGAUUCAUCUACAAUCUAUUCGGUUGGUGGAUGUGAUUCGUGGUCAUGUUUGAAUACUGUUGAACAGUAUUCAAGUUAUACUGGCCAAUGGCGUCUUGUUGCGCCAUUACAAACGGCUAGACGUGGAUGUGGUGUUGCAUCCAUUGGUGGUAAAAUAUUUGCCGUCGGUGGACAUGAUGGUAUUCAUGCAUUAUGUUCAGUUGAAAUCUAUGAUCCAGAAGAAGAUCAAUGGACCUAUGGUAAAUCAAUGACAAUGGCUCGUGCUAAUGUAGGCGUUGCUGUUAUUGAUAAUCGACUUUAUGCUGUCGGUGGAUUCAAUGGUAAAGCAUUUAUCAAUACAAUCGAAUAUUUUGACAUGGAAAAUGAUCAAUGGACAACAUCGGUUACAAUAUUGGAUUCAAUUUGUUCAGUAAAUUAUUUGCUGAAAAAUGGAUGUGAUAAUGAUAAACAAGAAGAAAAAGUGAAAAAAAUUGACACAAAUGACGGUGAUUCGAUGAAAGAUACAAAUAAUAAUAACAAUAAUAAUAAUAAUCAAAUAAAUUCGAAGAAUAAAUUUGAGAAAAAAAUGUCUGGCAACACUUCAUUCAAUCAAUCAUUGGGUUCGGUUAUGGAAGUGGAAGAAACAUUAAAACAGGCCUAAAUAAAUCCAAUCAUAAUGAAUGAUAAUAAUAAUCACCAUCAUGGCCAUCAUGAUCAU